UUAAAUUAUUUGGCCGGCUUUCUCAGUGACAUUUUUUUGUAACACUGGCAUUUAGAAGUUGAAAAAUGUCGAAAAACACUAAACAGAAUCUCUUAAAACCAUCCGAGGUGAAUAAGCGAAUAAUCGCAAAAUCGCGCAAAACUCGAUCCAGUCAAGACUGGGUUGAUCAUCUAGGAAAAUAUCGCGAGGAACAUGUGGCCGAGUAUAAUAAGAAGAAAAAUGAGUUUUUGAAUGUUGCUGCUGCUUAUAAUAAGGCAAAUCGCGAUACGCUUACGAGCCCAAAAACUAUGCUGCACAACAAUUACGAGGAAAUGCUCAACUUGGAUUUUCUGAAGGAAAAAGAGCGCAGUGAAGAAGAGGAAUGCGAUCCAUUUUGCUGCUGCCUAAAAUCUACGCCCAACACCACAGGAAAACUUUUGAGAAAGCGCAGCCUUCGAAGCGUUUCCACCACCGAUGGACCUAAACAAGACGUUUGCCUCGUUCAGCCUUGGUUCAAAAGAUACUUAACACUGAACAAAUUUAUCUUCGCAGCCAGAACCAUUAUAAUUCAAAAUCGGCUUUUGAAAGUGUUGCAAAAGCUUCGAGGUUUGACGCGCGAAGAAAUUAAUGAACUAGAAAGCUGCGAAAUUCAGAAGAGAUGCGAAGACUUCCAUUGCCAUCCAGUGUUCUUAAAAUUCUUAUAAUAAUAAACUUGGUGGGAUAAAAAAGUAAAAAUCUUCAACAGAUA